AUGCAGAAGAACAAUCUCACUUAUGUACUCCUCCUGGGAUUUCCAAAUCUUCACCGCUGUAAUAUUUUAUUGUUCUUGUUCUUGAUCCUCAUUUACUGUGUCACCAUAUGUGGUAAUAGUAUCAUAAUUGUAUUAGUUUCAAUAAGCAAAAAUCUCCACUCUCCAAUGUAUUUCUUUAUCACACAAGUGUCUGUACUAGAUAUUCUACUGAUCACGGACAUUGUACCUAACUUGCUGCACAUUGUCCUAUAUAAAGGUGCCACCAUGUCUCUUGCUGCCUGUAUAUCACAGUUGUAUGUAUUUGCUAAUAUAGAGACAUCUGAAUGUCUCAUCCUAGCGGUGAUGUCUUAUGACCGAUAUCUGGCUAUCUGUAACCCUCUGCGAUACAAUACUAUCAUCGACAAAGCAUUUUGCAUGAAAUCUGUCAUUGUGUCAUGGUCACUAAGUUUCUUGUUGAUGUUAAAUAGUGAAAUACAUAUUUACCAAUUUGACUUCUGUGGGCCAAAUGUAAUUGACCAUUUCUUCUGUGAUUUUUCACCGGUUCUAGAGCUUUCUUGUUCAGAUACGUCAUUUCUUCUAAUACAAGCACGUUUAUUUGGUACUACUGUUGUAAUCUGUCCAUUCAUAAUAAUCAUUGUUUCUUAUGUGUAUAUCAUCACCACUAUCCUAAACAUCCGCUCUAUCAGUAGGAGGCAGAAAGCCUUCUCCACCUGCAGCUCCCAUCUGACUGUUGUGUGUAUAUUUUUUGGAAGUCUCCUUUCUAUAUAUCUGGUUCCAGCCAAGGGACAGUUAUCAGCUACCAACAAGAUACUAUCGCUGCUUUACACUGUGGUGACACCACUGAUAAACCCAUUUAUAUACAGCCUGAGGAAUAAAGACUUCAAGGAAGCUUUGGAAAAAUGUAAAAGAAAAAUAUUAUAA